AUGUUGAAUGGUCGUCCUCAUCAUCCUCAUCAUCCUCAUCAUCCUCAUGCCUCACUGGACCUCAUGAGAGAAUGUGAGCUCCGAGUGGAGGAUAUCAUUCAAGAGUUUGAUGGUCUUUUGGAGAAUGAACGAAUUUUGAAUGUUUAUGUUUGUGGAAGCAGACUUUAUGGGAAAACACCCAAGCAAAGUGUUGUUGGUGGACAGGAACAUCAACAGAACAAGAAGAGAAUUUCAUCAUCAUCUCUUCAAUCAAAGAAUCGGGGAGUAUCAUCAUCUUUAUCGGAACAGAGUGGUGAUGAUGAAAAAGUAUCCAUUCCAAAUGCAACAGAUCCACACCAACAGCAGCAGCAACAACAAUAUUACUCGGUAACACAAGAUUCGGAUUUUGAUAUCAUGAUGAUUUAUGAUUAUGAAGAGGGCAAGACACCAUCCAAACUCACCUUUCUCUCCAAUCAAAAAGAGAACAAGAAUAGUGAAUUCUUUCAAUACUUACUGCCGAAAUAUAAGGAAAAGUUUGGACCUUGUUUACCAUUUACUGAGAUUGUCAAGGACGAUCAAACCAUUUAUUACAAAUUUACUCAAAAACGAUUUGGAUUAGAUAUGUGUUUGUAUUCAAAGGAACAAUUUUUAAAUCAAGUGAAAAAACAUCAAUUUUCUGAACUAAUUGGAUUAUUUCUAGAGAAGAGUUCUGAAGAGUAUCAACGAUUUAUUUUGAGAAAACGAUUUAAUGUAUUGGAGGAAUUUACAACACAGAAGGGAACGAUUAAUUUAUCGCUGUUACGAAGCUCAUUAAGUCAAUCCGCGAGUAUGUGUUGGAAAUGUUGUAAAUCCAUGUAUGAACAUCGAUUAGAAUUAGACCCUCCAGAAGUUGAAAUUUUCAAAGCCAAAAAAACAGUCAUUCACACACUACGAGUGUACCAUUAUGGAAUUCAGAUUGCCCAAAAUGGUACCAUCAUCGAUUGGCAUGUUUGUGACAAGUAUUAUGAUGAUAUUUUAGGCACAAAAGACAAGUAUAAUACAUGGAGAGAAAUGUCCAAAGUGUAUGGACCUAUCCGCAAUCAACUUCACGAACAUUUCAGAGCAUGUUGUCCAAAGGAAGAUGAACUUUUGGAAGACACUAAGGAUGAUGGUGGCACUACUAACGAGUAA